AUGCCUACUAUUCCAGUUGAUAAGGAGGACCUUUUCAGGUUAUUAGGUAGAUCAUAUACUACUGAAGAGUUUGACGAAUUGUGUUUUCAAUUUGGUAUCGAAUUAGAUGAGGAUACUACAGAAGAAUGCCAAGGUGAUGAGAGACCUCAGUUGAAGAUUGAAGUUCCUGCAAACAGAUAUGACAUGUUGUGUAUUGAGGGUAUUGCUCAAGCAUUGAAUGAAUUUUUAGGAAACAAGGAACAACCACAGUACAAAUUGAAACCAGAAAUUCCGGAGAUCACUUUAACUAUCAAGGAGUCUACUUUUCCUAUUCGUCAAUACGCUGCUUCGGCUAUUUUGAGAAAUGUCACAUUUGACCAAAGAUCAUAUGACUCUUUUAUUGCCUUGCAGGAUAAAUUACACACCAACUUGUGCCGAAAUAGGACUUUAGUGGCCAUUGGGACUCAUGAUUUGGAUACCUUAACUCCUCCAUUCACAUACGAGGCAUUACAACCAAAGGAUAUCAUAUUCAAGCCGUUGAAUCAGUCUAAGGUCAUGGACGGUGAAGAAUUGAUGGAAUUUUACGAGAAAGAUAAGAACAUUGGUAAAUACUUGCACAUCAUCAGGGACUCGCCCGUUUAUCCAGUUAUGUUGGAUGCAAACAGAACUGUUGCUUCCUUGCCACCAAUUAUCAACUCGGACCAUUCCAAGAUCACCUUGAAUACAAGGAAUGUUUGGAUCGAUGUUACCGGAACUGAUAGAACCAAGACAGAAAUUGUGAUUGAAACUUUGGUUGCAAUGUUUUCAAGGUAUAGUCAAACUCCAUUUGAAAUUGAACCCCUCAAGGUAAUUUCUGAACAUAAUGGUGAGACUCGUGUAACUCCUAAAGUGACUCCAAGGGAAGCCAAAGCUGAAAUAUCGUACAUUAAUUCGUGCUUGGGUUUGAAUUACUCAGGCGAAGAAAUUGCCAAAUUGUUGAAAAAGAUGUCAUUGGAAGCUACCCCCUCAAAGGAUGAUAAUGAUAUCCUUGACGUUAAAAUUCCAAUUACCAGAUCAGAUAUUUUACAUCAGUGUGAUAUUAUGGAGGAUGCUGCAAUCGGUUAUGGAUACGAUAAUUUGAAAAAGACCAAACCAAGCAGUGAAAGUAUGGUUGCUUCUGCUUUGCCAGUAAACAAAGUAGCUGAUAUUUUGAGGUUGGCAAGCUCCCAAGCCGGCUACCUGGAAGUCAUGCCAUUGACGUUGUGCUCUCAUGAUGAAAAUUUUGGAUGGUUGAGAAAGAAGGAUGAUGGCUCAGCAGUGAAGUUGGAAAACCCAAAGACAAUUGAAUACCAAGUUGUUAGAACCACAUUGUUGCCAGGUAUCCUAAAAACGAUCAAGGAAAACAGAAAGCAUUCAUUACCAAUCAAAGUGUUUGAAUGUGGUGAUAUUGUUUUGAAAGAUUCUAGUUUGGAAAGAGGUGCAUUCAACCAGCGUAAUUGGGCUGCGAUCUAUGCUGGUAAGACUUCUGGUUUCGAAUAUGUCCAAGGUUUAUUGGGAAAGAUUAUGCAAACCAUGAGAACUCCAUGGUUGGAGAACCCAUCAAAAGAUGAGAGAAGAGGCUACUGGAUUGAAGAAGACAAGACUAACACAACAUUCUUUAACGGAAGAGGAGCAAAGAUCUUUUUCAGAAGUCAGCCAAAUGGAGAAGUUAAAGAAAUUGGAGGUAUCGGUGUUUUGCACCCCGAGGUGAUGAGCAAUUUCGACAUUCCAUACGCCGCUUCAUCGGUUGAAUUGAAUGCCGAAGUCUUUUUGUAA